AUGGACCACGAUCCUUUUAGAUGGGGUAGACCAAGAGAUGAUAUUUAUGGGAAAUAUGAUUAUUCCAUUGCUAAUAGUGAACAUUAUUUUCAAGAGCAUAAGGAUAAGUAUUCUGAGUUUCCAAGAAUGAAUACACAAGAGCCAAUAGUCACAGGUACAUCAGUAAUUGGUAUUAAAUUUGAAGAUGGGAUUAUUAUGGCAGCAGACAACUUGGGGUCAUAUGGGUCGUUGAGUAGAUUUACAGAUAUUGAAAGACUCAUUGAGUUUAAUGAUAAAACGGUUGUUGGAAUAUCCGGGGAUAUAUCAGAUUUACAAAAGAUUGAGAGAUUGUUGGAGGAACUUAAGAUUGAGAGUUCGUAUGACGAUGUUAAUAUUGAAUUCCAAGCGGACAAUAUUCACAAAUAUUUGAGAAAUGUGUUGUAUUCCAGAAGAAACAAGAUGGAUCCAUUGUGGAAUUCAUUGAUUGUUGGAGGGAUUGGUAGUGACAAUGAGCCCUUCUUAAAGUAUGUUGAUCUAUUGGGGGUUGAGUAUGCAUCGCCAGCGUUGUCUACUGGAUUUGGGAAUUAUUUGGCUAUACCAAUUUUAAGAAAGUUUUUGGAAGAGAAAGGGAUCGAUGAGACCAAGACCGAUUCAGACAAUUUCAGAAAUAUCAAGGAGGAAGAAGCCAGAAAGUGUGUUUUAGAAUGUAUGAAAGUUUUGUUUUAUAGAGAUGCAAGAUCAUUGAAUAAGUUUUCAAUUGUUACAAUCAGUAAGAAAAAUGGCAUUAAGCUUGAGAAGAAUUUGAAGAUUGAAGAUAUGAGUUGGGAAUUUGCCAAAGAUAUUAAAGGAUACGGUAAUGGACAAAGAUAUUAA